GACGCGGCGGCGGCAGCGCUGACAAUGAGUUUUCUUGGAGGAUUUUUCGGUCCCAUUUGUGAGAUCGACGUUGUCCUUAAUGAUGGGGAAACCAGGAAAAUGGCGGAAAUGAAAACUGAAGAUGGCAAAGUAGAAAAACACUAUCUUUUCUAUGAUGGAGAAUCUGUUUCAGGAAAGGUGAAUGUAGCCUUUAAGCAACCUGGAAAGAGGCUAGAGCACCAAGGAAUUAGAAUUGAAUUUGUAGGUCAAAUUGAGCUUUUCAAUGACAAGAGUAAUACUCACGAAUUUGUAAACCUAGUGAAAGAACUAGCCUUACCUGGAGAACUGACUCAGAGCAGAAGUUAUGAUUUUGAAUUUAUGCAAGUUGAAAAGCCAUAUGAAUCUUACAUCGGUGCCAAUGUCCGCUUAAGGUAUUUUCUUAAGGUGACAAUAGUAAGAAGACUGACAGACUUGGUAAAAGAAUAUGAUCUUAUUGUUCACCAGCUUGCUACCUAUCCUGAUGUCAACAACUCUAUUAAGAUGGAAGUGGGCAUUGAAGAUUGUCUACACAUUGAAUUUGAGUAUAAUAAAUCAAAGUAUCAUUUAAAGGAUGUGAUUGUUGGAAAAAUUUACUUCUUAUUAGUAAGAAUAAAAAUCCAACAUAUGGAGUUACAACUGAUUAAAAAAGAGAUCACAGGAAUUGGACCCAGUACCACAACAGAAACAGAAACAAUCGCCAAAUAUGAAAUAAUGGAUGGUGCACCAGUUAAAGGUGAAUCAAUUCCAAUAAGACUAUUUUUAGCAGGAUAUGACCCAACUCCAACAAUGAGAGAUGUGAACAAAAAAUUUUCAGUAAGAUACUUUUUGAAUCUAGUCCUUGUUGAUGAAGAAGACAGAAGGUACUUCAAGCAGCAGGAGAUCAUUUUGUGGAGAAAAGCUCCUGAAAAACUGAGGAAACAGAGAACAAACUUUCACCAGCGAUUUGAAUCACCAGAAUCACAGGCAUCUGCUGAGCAGCCUGAAAUGUGAACUGAAUGGGAGAAAAAAAAGAAGAAAAAAACCUCCUAUAUCCGUUGAGAUUUAGGUUUGGCAGGUUAAAGAUGGUUGCAGCGUGUAGGGCAGGGAAAAGGCCAAAACUCCAUUUAUGAUAGUCUUCCUUUAUCUUACAGUGCUGAAUUUAUUUUACGACAUAACUGUUCUUCAUGUAUAUACAUUUUAAAAAGUGCUUUCUUUGAAACACUGGAACUUUCUUAAACUGCCGUUUGUUUUUUUUUUAAUUUGUCUUUUUAA